AUGACCAUUUUGGCGGCGGAGAGAGCUCCCUCCCGGAGCAUUCUGGCAGUAGUGACAGUUGGGAGGUACACUUGUGCUGCGCCCAUUCUUGAGAUUUGUCGAAUUCUCCAUGCCCGCGGUCAUAUCAUCGAGUUUGCCUGUCUCGAUGGACACCAAGGCCUUGCAACUCCUCAUGCCUUCGUGUCGAAGAUUCACGUCGUUGGUCGGAACAUGACAGUUGAAGAGGACAAAGCCCUCUAUCGACUGUUUGAUGAGUCCGAUGCCUCGACUGCGGAGGGUCGUAAAGGCACGUUUCGUGCCCUAAUGAAGUUUCACAGUUGGUGGCCGGAGACCUAUCGAAAUCUCAAGGCCCUUGUCUCCAACCCGGCUCAUCGCCCUGAUUUUAUCCUGGCAGACCUUCUUGCCGACGCAUGUAUUGACAUCAUGAAUGAAUUUCGGAUUCCUCUCGCAGUUCACUACCCGCAAAUGCCGAUUCAAAUGGUGCCUCGGAAGUAUAUCCCUGGUAUGCCUGGCGCACAGCUCAAACAUCUGAGCAGUGAGCAUGCUAGUCUGUGGGAUCGACUCCGCGAGGAAUAUCACGUUCUGCAGCUGAUCUUUGCUAUGAAAGACUAUAUUCUGUUUCAAAGGAAGAUGCGUCGAGAAAUGGGACUCGGUCCUCGUCCACCACAACAAAAGCCAGACUACUUGGUCCUCGUCAACUCAUUCUUCGGCCUUGAAGUUCCAAAGGAUCUUCCCCCGCUUAUGAUACCCAUCGGUCCAGUUUUGGCUGAUACUUUCCAGCCGUUAGAUACAGCUCCUGAACUGUUGCACUUCCUACAAGUCCACAAAAAGGUGAUAUACGUGGCAUUCGGUUCCCACGUUGAACUUCCAGGGUGGCGUGUCCGUCGUUUGAUAAAGGGCCUGACCCAAGCCCUCGAAUCAGGCGAUAUCGACGGAGUUGUUUGGGCAUGGAAGGAUCGUGCCUCCGUCUUGAAGGAACUAGAAUCUGACAGGGGCUCAAUUGGCGAGGACAGGGUGGAUUAUUAUGCUGUCCUGGACAACAAAGAUGAGAGGUUUAAAAUUAUGGGGUGGGUUCCCCAGCGCGCGAUCCUUGAUCAUCCAAGCGUUUGCCUUUACCUCUCGCACUGUGGCGCGUCAUCCACAAUGGAGGCUGUCUUCCAUGGUGUGCCUGUGGUAGCCAUGCCCGUGUACGGGGAUCAACUGGCAAAUGGAAAGCGUCUGGAAGCUGCUGGUGUUGGUAUCAAUAUGGACAGAAGAAAAUUCGUGGCCGAAGAAUUAGCGACAAAUAUCCAAACCCUGGUUCGCGAUGAAGGGGGCUCAUUCUCUCAAAAUGUCCUGCGCCUGCAACGAAUUGCUUCGGCGAACAGUCGGCGAAAACAUGUUGCUGCUGAUAGAAUUGAAGAGGUCAUGUACGAUGCGGAACUUUUAUCCUCUGAUAAAGUCGGUAAAGAUGUGGCUCGUCGCCCGAUGCAUCUGCAAACCCCUGACUGCCGCAUGUCGUGGGUCAAGGCAAACAAUCUUGAUCUUUAUCUUGUAUAUAUAGCCCUCUUAGCUGUUCCAGUUGGUGUGGUGCGAUGGGUGAGCAAGAACUGGCUGUAG